AUGUGGACGCUCGUGACAGUGUUGAGCGUCGCCUCCGUCGCUCUGCCAGUUACCCAGGUGUCCUUGCAGGUGCAGGGUAUUUUUAUAGCGUCCACAAUUAGUGGUUAUGGAUCGGUAACAUGUGAAACGCACUCCUGUUUAUUUUCAGGAUCGUGGUGCAGCAGAUGGACGGUGAGCUUCUCGAGGACGGACAUCUGCACCUGGGCCGGGACCACCGUCAUCCUGCCGUGCCGUUACGACUACCCGUCGCCCUCCAGCGCCACGCGGGUCAUGUGGUUCCACAUUACGGCCGACGGGAAGCGGGAUUUCGCCUACCACACGGAUCCUAACCUGGUCAGUCCGUCCUACAGGGACAGGGUGAAGUAUGUGGGCGGCUACAAGAGGUGCAGCCUGCAGAUCACUUCCAUCAAGCUGAGCGACGGAGGUCAGUAUCACUUCAGGUUCGAGACGGACCACCAGCAGGGGAGAUGGACCUCACCGGACUCCAUCAACCUUUCAGUAACGGAGCUCCAGGUGCAGGUUCAUCCUGCGCGAAUCUCGAACAUGUAUGCGUCAGGUGAGACGGUGUUUCUGAGCUGCGUGGCUCGAGGCUGUGCGGCUGCAGGAAAGACCUUCGCCCUCUACAGGAACGGAGUUAACCUGGGCUACUCAGACAAAGUGUCGCCCAUCUAUAACUUCGACCCUCAGCACACCGGGACGUACUACUGCAGACCUGUUCCCCCGCAGAACGUCCAGUCUCCCAGCAUCAGCCUGGCUGUGGGAUAUGCUCCGCGUCACACCUCGGUGCUGCUGAGUACACAUGGUGCCCUGACAGAAGGCGACUCCGUGACUCUGACGUGCAGCAGCGAAGGAGCUCCGGAGGUGGAGAGCUUCACCUGGUUCAGAGAGGGCGAGAGCGGCAGCGUUCCCGACAGCUUCAAACCCGAGCUCAAGCUCUGGAGUCUGGACUACCGAGACCACGGAGAGUACUUCUGUAUGGCCCGCAACUCCAUCGGCACCGAGCGCUCCAGACCCGUUCUGGUCAACGUUACCUAUUCUCCCAAGAACACGAAGGUCCUAAUCAGUGCCAAAGGUGACAUCAUGGAGGGCCACGCGGUCAACCUGAUUUGCAUCAGCAACGCUAACCCACCAGUGAAGAGAUACGCCUGGUACAAGGUCAUGGGAGGUCAACCCUGGGCUAAAGGUUCCUCCCAGAACCUCACCUUCACCAGCGUGCGCUCACACAAUGCCGGGCAGUAUUACUGCACCGUGUGGAACGUUCUGGGAAUGGGAAUGUCUCCACCCGUCACUCUGUCUGUGUUGUAUGCCCCCAAGAACACCUCGGUUUUGGCUCAUCCGUCCAGCGUGAUCGAGGCAGGCGGCUCCUUGACCCUGACCUGCAGCAGUCAGGCGAACCCGGCGGUGGAGAACUACACCUGGCACCGGAUCAAUGCCGCUGACACCUGGGAAACGCGAUCAGGCCAGAGCUACACCAUCGCUGAGGUCAGCACCGGAGCCAGCGGCCAGUACUACUGCGAGGCCCGCAACCGCAUCGGCGUACACAGCUCCCCGGUACUCACCGUCAGGGUGCGAGGUCGGCUGAAGGUCAUCGCUCUGGCAUCUGCAGUUUGUGUUUCUGUAGCACUCAUCACUCUGACGGUGGCCGUCAUGAUCAGUAAGAAUAUGCACCGAGUGGACAGUGAAGCACUGGAAAUAGACAAGCAGCUCGGAUCACCCAUGGAAGUGGACACACUCUUUUAUGAAUGUCCUCAACCAAAUUUUCAGCCCCAAAGCUCAAAGAUGGCAGACAUUCCAGAGGAACCAGAAGACAUUCAUGACAACAUUCAUCCUUCCAUUGUGCCCCUUAAGGAAGCUGUGGAGAAAACUGAGACAGAUGGGAAAGAUGGCGACGACGGGAAAGUCAAAUACGUCACUGUGCAUUACUCUCGUACAGCAAGACCAAGCUGGGACCAAGUGCAAGUCACAAACCUUCCACAAGAUGGCGCCGAGAAGGAGAUUAAAGACGGACACGGUGUUGUUUAUUCUGUCCUGGCCAAACAGCCGUAACUGCUGGAACUAUAUAACACCACAUGUCCAGUCAUCUUGACUAACUAAUGAUUCAGUGUUCAACCUGACCUUGUCCAUAUAAUUAUCCCGAGAUAAUAAAAUACAAAAUGUGAUUAUAGCAUGUAUCUGUCAUGCUAAUGGAACUAGCCAGAAACACUGCAUACUGUACAUUGUGGCUAGUUAAUGUUCAGAUUUAGCAUAACAUGAUGCCAUGCUAGCUGUGUUUGAUUUACCUAGGACAAAAUAGGUCAUACUACAUCUGUUGUACUGCCAAACCGUUUUCAGAGGUAUAAAUCUAAUCCCUGGUCUAGAUUCAGAUUCUAGAUUAAUGACUCGUGUUAG